CGUGAAUUUCUAAAGUGGUAACACUGUUUUAGAAUGAAAUGACACAAAUUUAGAAACAAAUUAUUUGUUACGUUACAAAAAUGACUAUUCAUACAUCGAUUUCGUAGUGUUUAUGUCCAAAAAAUAUCGAAUAAAUUUCUACGUCGAAAUCAGUAAAAAAUUGUUAAAUUGAAUUGUUUCUAUUCUGUCCUGAUUGUUUUUCACCUUGUGUAAUAUUUGUUGCUAAAUAGAUUAAUGGAUAAAAAAAUCGUCUAGAGAAUUUCAGUACAUGAAUGAAAUAUAUAGGAAACAAAUUUUUCAUAUCGGUGAAUUCAUCAAGCUCUCUUUUUUCUCUCUUUCUAUAUAUAUUCACUCUCUCUCUAUAUAUAUAUCGAUAAUUAAAGAGAAGAUAAUAUUAAGAUACAUUCAAUAAAAAUUAAUACGAAACUCCGAAUAGAAAAGCAAGAAAAAUUAAAAAUGCGAGUGAAUGUAAAUGCAUUACAAGUAUUAAUACUUUUAUUUGUAUUUCAAAGAGGAGAAUCGAAAGCUAUUAAAUGUUAUCAAUGUAAUAGUAAAAAGGAUAAAGAUUGUACUAUCAAUACGGUAGAUAUAAGAUAUUUGAAGCCAUGUCCUGCGUCACAACCAUUUUGUCGUAAAGCUGUGUACAUAUAUUAUUUUAUGAAUUCUCGAGAAUAUAUAGUAAUACGUGAAUGCGCAAAAUGGUGGAACAGUGACAAAGAAUGUUACAGAGGUCGUUAUCCACGUGAUAGUUAUCAAUAUGUAUGCGAGUGUAAGAGUGCAGGAUGUAAUCGAUCGACGAGAUUCUCAUCGAAAACUAUUAUUUUUUUGUACAUUUUGUGUCAAAUAAUUAUCUUUCUCGUUGGAAAUCCUACCUGACACAAAUGCAUCGUUGAAAAUAGGCUGGAGACAUUUAAUUGAUUAUCAUGACGACAUUCCUUUAUCAAGACAUUCUCGCAAUAAUUUUACUUACGAAUAGAAUAUAAAAAAAAAAA